CCACAGGAGCAUCCCCACGCGUCGGCAGACCCCCGAAGGCACCAUGGCCGUCCUCGGCAUCACGGUCGCUCUGCUGGUGUGGAUGGCCACUCUGCUGCUCAUCUCCAUCUGGAAGCACAUCUACAGCAGCUGGAAACUGCCCCCUGGCCCUUUCCCACUGCCCAUCGUUGGGAACCUUUUCCAGUUGGAAGUGAAGAAUAUUCCCAAAUCCUUCACCAGGCUGGCAGAGCGGUUCGGGCCGGUGUUCACCCUGUACCUGGGCUCGCAGCGCGUCGUGGUCCUGCACGGCUACAAGGCUGUGAAGGAGGUGCUGCUCGACUACAAGAACGAGUUUUCGGGCAGAGGAGAACACGUCCCGUUCCAGGUGCACAAGGACAAAGGGGUCAUUUUCAAUAAUGGACCGACCUGGCGGGACACCCGGCGGUUCUCGCUGACCACCCUGCGUGACUUAGGGAUGGGGAAACAGGGCAACGAGCAGCGGAUCCAGAGGGAGGCCCACUUCCUGCUGGAGGCGCUCCGGAGCACCCAGGGCCAGCCCUUCGACCCCACCUUUGUCAUCGGCUUCGGGCCCUACAACGUCAUCUCCGACAUCCUCUUCCACAAGCGCGUUGAUUACAGUGACAAGACUGGUCUGCGGUUGAUGCGUCUGUUCAAUGAGGACUUCUACCUGCUCAGUACGCCCUGGAUCCAGCUUUACAAUUAUUUCUCAGGCUACCUACAUUACCUGCCUGGAAGCCAUAGGAAACUACUGAAAAAUAUCUCUGAAAUAAAAGAUUAUGCUUUAGAAAGAGUGAAGGACCACCAGAAGUCACUGGAGCCCAGCUGUCCCCGAGACUUCACUGACACCAUGCUGAUGGAAAUGCAGAAGGAGAAACACAGCGCAGACCCUAUGUACACCUUGGACAACGUUGCUGUGACCGUGGCCGACCUGCUCUUUGCGGGGACAGAGACCACCAGUACCACCCUGAGAUACGGGCUCCUGAUUCUCAUGAAAUACCCGGAGGUUGAAGAGAAGCUUCAUGAAGAAAUUGACAGGGUGAUUGGGCCAAGCCGAAUCCCUGCCGUCAAGGACAGGCUGGAUAUGCCCUACCUGGAUGCUGUGGUCCACGAGAUUCAGAGGUUCAUCGACCUCGUUCCCUCCAACCUCUUGCAUGAAGCAACCCGGGACACAAUGUUCAGAGGAUACGUCAUCCCCAAGGGCACAGUCAUAAUUCCGACACUGGACUCCGUCUUGUAUGACAGCCAAGAGUUCCCUGAACCAGAGAAGUUUAAGCCAGAGCACUUUCUGAAUGAAAAUGGAAAGUUCAAGUACAGCGACCAUUUCAAGGCAUUUUCCGCAGGGGUUACUGAGCAACGUCGAACGUUUGGUUACCCAGACUCAUCGCAGGGCCCUCGAAGCUUCCCAGUCCUUGGCUGCCUUCCCAGGGCCUUCCCUCGGUGUGGGUGUGAGGAAAGAUCUGUAACCAACUCGAUAACGUUAACACCCAACACGAGAGCAUUGCCUUCCACCCGGGGCCCCACUGCUUUCCUGUAGGACGUGGGGCUGAGCACUGGCAGAGCCCAUCCUCCCAGCCUAACGGAGCUUUAUGCAGCGGAGUCCUGGCGGUGGAGGCUGUGUGACGGCUGGUCCCUGAACACACCUGUCGCUGAUACCCUUACACUGAAAUCCACUCCGGGCUCCCUUUCAACGGGCAGACGGGGCUCAGGUCUGCUUAGGGUGCCGUUGAUGCAUGGCCUCCUCCCACUCAGCGGUCCCCCCGCUGUCCCGCCUGGAGCAGUGUCUUAGUG